AUGGACGCCGCUGAUGGCUUGGAACAGCUUUUCGCAGAGCAUACGGCCGUGCCUGCGUUAGCCGUGUUGCAGCAGCUACGGAAGGACUUGAGCCAGCAGCAAGCUCAAAAGCUGCUGAAGAACCACCGGGAUUGUCUUCAGUUGGGAACAUUGAAGCACGUGGUGGCAGCAGUGGCGGACGGUAGAGGAGCAGGGAGGAGAGCAGGGGAAAUUGGCGACGGAGGGGAAGGGUACGACGGCGGCGAGGGCAACGGCGACCAAGAUGGAGACGCCAUCGGCGUGUACGGCACCCUGCUGCCGGAGAGCGGGGUGCACCGGGUGCAGCGUGUGCCGGUGACGGAGGCGCAGGGCCGUGUGCACACCAGCACAGUAGCCGUUGUGGUUCUCCCGCAAGCUGACGAGGUGGAUGUCAAGCUGCGCGAUGAGGACCUCCGAAUAGAGACCAUGCGGGCCAGUGGGGCGGGAGGACAGCACGUCAACGUCACCGACAGCGCUGUACGCAUCACCCACGUGCCGACUGGUCUGGUGGUCAGCUGCCAGAACGAGCGCUCGCAGCAUUUGAACAGGGCGGCGGCGCUCAAG